AUGCGUGCACAUGCCUUGUCUGGUUUUCUCAUCUGUGAAACUCUGCGGUUCCCUUUCCUAUCAAUGCUGAUUUCUGGUGGUCACGCUUUGACCGUGCUUUCUCGUUCAGCUGACGAUUUCGUUCUAUAUGGACAAAGCGCUUCUGGAAGUCCUGGCGAAUGUAUGGAUAAAAUAGCAAGGGAAUUGAAGUUAAACGAAAUUCAAGAGUUCCGUGAGGUUCAUCCAGGCGCUGCCAUGGAACGAAUGGCGAGUCGGUGUUCUGAGAUUGGUCAUUUACGAUAUGGCGUUGCUGGACCAAGCACGUCAGGAGCUGAUAUGAAUUUCUCUCAGUUGAAGUCCUCAUAUUUAAACCUCGUGAGAAAACACAGAGAAGAUGCCGACUUCAGCGUAGAAGAUUUCUGUGCAAGUGUUCAACAUCACGUUACUCGCCAUCUAGUCUCAAAACUUCAUAAUUGCCUUGAGUAUCUUUCCGACAAUGGAGAAUUAUUGAGUAUAAAACAUCUUGUAAUCAGUGGUGGUGUCGCAGCAAAUGGAUACAUUUGUAACGGUAUAUCUAAGUUAGCAAGUUCUCACGGACUAGAGGUCAUCAAAGUCCCACCACGUUUAUGUACCGACAACGCAGAGAUGAUUGCAUGGAAUGGUAUUCUGUGCUUACGUGAGAAUUCUCCAAACAUCCAUCGAUACCCGGAGAUACCAGAGUCCAUUUAUGCGCAUAGACGUUUCCCUAUAGGUACGUGCUCACGUUCAUUGGUGCCUACGAAGCCAAGAAGGAGACUGGGUGUCACUACAGUACAUGGUGACAUGCCUCUGAAGUUUUUCGACAAGGAAGAGUUCAAAAAACAAGAAGCUAAUGCUUUGGCAGCUCCUUGA